GCUUUCGUCGCGAAAACGUUUCCGUAGGUGAUAUCUCCCUCCCUUCGCCUUGACGAAGGGCUAUGGUGUGCUACCAUAGCGACGAUAUCAGCAGACAGCUACGUCUUCGGCGAACCUCCUCAAGGCCUCAAAACAAGUUUAGCAGUAUUGCGAAGACUCUAAACCCGUGUGCAGAGCAUCUCUAAGAUGGUAGAGACAGCAUGGAGCCGGAAGAGACUUUUCAGCAGGUGCAGGAUGCAAGGGCUCAAGUUCCUGGUAAUUACCAACUGGAGGAGGACAGAGUGAAGGAGACGAUCCGAGCAUGUUAUGAGGAAGGGAUCCUUCCGACUAACAUUGAUUCAGGCGAAAUGACGGUGGAAGGAAGAGAGGCUAAGUUCGUUCUGAAUUCUGCGGUGGACGAGAUUAAGGUGAAAUGGCUGAAGGCAAGAAUGGUGACUGUCAUUUUUCGAGAGGGCGCUCGGUUUCUUGCUAAGAAAGUGAAGGAGGACUUGAUCAGAGCGUAUGAGGAUGUCUGGAUUCGGGACGAGACCUUUGGUCAUGACUUCAAGAGAGGUAGAAUCAAGGUUGAAAGCCCUAAUGCCGUCUCAUACAUUCCAAGAUCUCAAGCGAUCACGGACUGGAUGUUGGGCAAGCGCUCCGACUUCAUUGAUCUCUCCAACACGACUUACCGAACGGAGUUUAAGCCGUGGAUGACACGAGCGGAGGUUCCCGACUGGAGGAGAACAGUGGACGAGAACACCUUUUGGGUGGUGGCCGUAGGCAUACAGUUGGAUGAGAUGGCGUUUAUAUACAUGCAUAUCGAAAGAGCAAUCGGCAAAAUUAUUAAACACCACCAACCGAAGGCGGACGAGACUGAUCCAAAAUUGGUCAACCUGCGGUUUGACCUGGAUCCUGCGGCCAAGGCUAAUAUGAAGGAUAAAAUCUGGGUUCAAACCCAUCAGGGAGACCUACUUGAAGUUCGUAUGGCUUCGGCGGAAUCGGAGUGUAGGGGAAAGAUAGAGGAUAAGAGUGUCAGUCAUCAUAACGCGAAGGGCGACGAUGAGUGCGCUGUGGACGCUCAAAGGCGACCGUCUGCGGCUGAGGAACGGCCUCAAAGGGAGCGGGCUCGUCCUCGGCAAUCUCCUCAGCCGGAGGAGGAGAAAGAGGCUCACAUGGAGCGGAUGGAACAGAUAACGAGCAGGCUAAUUAAGCCCAACCCGGCCCCUGCUCGACCUGCCCCUGCGUCAUUUCCCCUCUUGCCUGCCCCGCCUACACCUGGGUACGCCCCACAGUUCCCUCACCCAGCUAAUCCAGCAGGAAAGGUCGAGUGUUUUAACUGCAAACAGCCCGGACAUUUUGCCCAGGACUGUCCGCAGCCGAAACGUAAUCAACCCCCACCAGCCGCGGCCCCUGUAGCUCUGAACCGAGGACGAGUGGCCGCACUGAUGGACACGGCCCAAGGAGGGGAACUUGUUGCAUAUGAACAACCCUCCCCCUUAACGGCAGUUGCUUCAACCUCGGGAGCUUCUUCCUCCUCCGACGCUACUGAUGUGGUCGAUCCACUCGAGUAUCUUCAUCUCGCCGGCAUGGUCGGAGCAAUCCGAUCGGCCCAUGAUGAUCUUGAAUGGGUCGAUCGCGAAUCCAAUCCCGGUCCACAGUUUCGGACGGGAGAAAUUAAUGUAUUACGAGAGCUUAAGCAACUGGAUAUCCGUGUUCCGAUCUUGGUGGGGCAUUUGCUCACCAUUGUCGAAGCUGCAAACGAUAAACUCUUGCAACAUUGCCAGAAAAAUCAAAAGCGCUUCAUGUACCUGCGAGUACAACAAAUGUUGAAGAAGAAGAAAGGAGGCGAGGAGGUUGCACCACCUGAACCUGAAACAAGUGAACCCGAAGCAGCACGAGUAGCUGUGAUUUUGUUCGUAGAGACGGAUCACUUCGUACGAGCUCGACCAGUGUUGUGGAAAAGCGAUGAGUGCGAUUGUGAAGUUUGGGGCAAACCGUUUAACGCCCUUAUUGAUACUGGGUCUUCCGCAGUGGCCAUAUCCUUAGACACACCAGAGGCGAUUUCGGCGAUCUUGGCCCAGGUGGGACCAAGCGGACUUGAGAACGUGGUGGAGUAUGCGUCCAAAUCGGUGCCUGCCUGCAAGCGUAACUACGCGGCUCCAACAGGAGAAUGGUACACGACCCUUUGGGGAAUCAGUCACUUUCGAGUUUAUUUGUACGGGCGGAAGUUCACAUUGGUAACCGAUCAUGAGCCUCUGCUAGCCCUGAAGAAAUCUAAGGAUUACUCGGGCAUGAUCAGGCGAUGGGCAACAGUGCUGCAGAGCAUGGACUUUGACAUCCGUCACCGGAAACACGAAAGGCACGGGAAUGCGGACGGAUUGACACGACUGCACCGACCUGAGAAGGUUCCGAAGAAUGAGGAGGUGAUUCCGUGGAACGAACCGAAGAAGGAGAACGGACCUCGAUACGGCCAAGUGGAGAUCCUGUCAAAGGAGUAAGUGACACGGGGCUCAUUUUAUUUUUAUUUUUAUUUUUUUUCUGCCCCCUCUGCAAUUCUGUCCCAUCUCUCCCUCUCUGCCAUCAUGACUACCCCACCCGUCUCUGCGACCCCCUCUUCUCCUACUAAUUCUGCCUCUCUCACCUCCUCCGCUUUCUUUGCCACCCUCCCCGAUAAAUUCUGCUAUUUUUG